AUGAUUAACAAAUCAAUUAUGCUUCUGAGCCUAGUGGUUCUUCAUAGCACAUUUAUAAAUGGAAAAACAACAUGUAAAUGGCAAUUUGUGAAAGAAUGGCAUAAACAGCCAUUAUUAUAUGUGGUGAAUUGGACACUAACAGAAAACAUCUGCAUGGACUUCUAUAGAGAUUGCUGGUUUGGGGAUGUAAAUACCAAAAUGAAUACUUCAGGCAAUCAAGUUGUUCCCCAUAUUUGCCCUUUGCAAAUUCAAUUGGGGGACAUCCUUGUAAUUUCUUCUGAACCAUCUCUUCAGUCUCCAGAAAUAAAUUUGAUGAAUGUUUCUGAAGCAUCAUUCAUUGACUGUCUGCAAAACACCACAACUGAAGAUCAGUUACUUUUUGGUUGCAAACUAAAAGGAAUGCAUACUGUGAAUUCUCAGUGGCUGAGUGUUGGGACACAUUAUUUUGUCACAGUAAUAGCAAGUGGUCCAUCGCUUUGUCACCAGGGGCUACAACUAAAUGUGACAGUGAAAGAACAGUUCUGCCAGGAAUCUCUGAGUUCAGAAUUUUGCUCUGGGCAUGGCAAAUGUCUUACUGAAGUUUGGAGCAAGACAUACAGCUGCCAUUGCCAGCCUUCAUUUUCUGGAAAAUAUUGCCAAGAACUUGAUGCAUGUUCUUAUAAGCCAUGUGAAAAUAAUGGCAUUUGCAUUAAUAAAAGAGGAAAAUGGAAUACACAAGUAUAUGAAUGUAUCUGUCACCAGCCAUUUACAGGCAUAAAUUGUUCAGAAAUUAUUGACCAAGGUCAACCAUAUAUCUGUUUCCAUGGGAAUUGCAGCAAUAUUACUAUAUAUAAUUUCAUCUGUGAAUGUGAUGAACCAUUUUCAGAUCCGUCCUGUGAGGAGUCAAUGGAAUGUUAUAUUUCUCAGUCUUGUUGGAAAGGGAAUAUUUGCCAAAAUAAAAGCUCUGCUUACAUUUGUGAAUGCCCAGAAGGAUUUUUUGAUGAAAACUGUGAAACUGAUAUGUACAAAUGUUCAUCAAUGCCAUGUCAGAAUGAUGCAGACAACAUUCAUAUUCCAAAUGGUACUACGUACAUCUGUUCAGCAAUAUUUACAGGCAAGCUUUGUAAGAGACAACUUCAAAUACCACACGAGUCAUUUCCUUGCAAGAAUAAUACUGCAUGUAUGAAAUAUGGGAAGGAUUAUCAUUGCAGUUGUUUGCCAGGAUUUACUGGAAAAAACUGUGAGAAAGUAAUUGACCACAGUAGACUGCUCAGCAUCAACUGUCUGAAUGAAGGAUGGUGUUUCUAUAUAAGUGGAAGAUUCAGAUAUGUAGGUACUUUAGAGUGCACGAGAUAUUCCUGUUGGCUUGUGAAGAAUGUUUGCUUCAUUCAUCUGUACCCCUGCUACUGUGGAACCAAAAGCCAUGACAUUUGCCAAGCUAAAGUCCAUCCUCCUCCUCAAUUUAAAUAUUUGUGGCAACUGGUAUUUAAAGGAUCUGAGGAUGGAAAUUGUGAAGUGUCUGUUGAUGCCUACUUUUUUCUCUCUGCAAACUAUGGAGCAGUCUAUGUGAACCCAUCUGAAGACCUUGAUUAUGUAUGUUGGUUCCUAUGUGAAGGAACGAUAGAGAUGUGUGAAAAUGAAUGCAGUUGUUUGACUAAAGAAGACAAUAAGAGAUGCUGGUGCCUGUGUAUUCCAAGAUGGCCUUGCAAAAUGUCUUUGGAAAAUACAACUGAUUAUGAAGAAAGUGGAUGUCAACAUGAAGCUCUUUAUAAAGAUGAAAUUAAUAAAUCCAGAUGCAGCUGUUCUCCUGUUUACAUGGACGGAUUCUAUAACCUCAGUGUUGAAGAUUGCUUAGGAAACCAGAGUACGUCAGUGCAUGGCUUCUGCUUGGUCCAUUUGCACAACUGCAACUGUAGCUGUCCGCAAAGAUCUGAAAGAAACAUCUGUGAAAUAGAAACUGAAGAUUGUAAAUCUGUGCCCUGCAAAAAUGAAGCAACCGGUAUACAUUUAAGUGUCCAUUUCUACUGCAAAUGUAUCCCAGGAUUUACAGGCAAGCACUGUGAAGUAGACGUUGAUGAAUGUUCUUCGCAUCCAUGCAAGAAUGGUGCUACCUGCAUUGACCAACCUGGUAAUUACUUCUGCCAUCGUGUGGCUCCAUUUAAAGUGGUUAAUGGCUUCUCCUGCUUAUGCAAUCCGGGUUUUGCUGGCUUGAGGUGUGAACAGGACAUUGAUGAUUGUAUCCUGAAUGCCUGUGAGCACAAUUCUACCUGCAAAGAUCUUCAUCUCAGCUACCAGUGUGUCUGCUUACCUGGUUGGGAAGGAAGUUUUUGCGAACAAGAAUCCAAUGACUGCAAAAUGAAUACUUGUAAGAACAAUUCCACCUGUACUGACAUCUACAAUGGCAAUCACUGUGAGUGUACAUCUGGAUGGACUGGACAAAACUGUAGUGAAGAAAUAAAUGAAUGUGACUCUGACCCAUGCCUGAAUGGAGCUCUUUGUCAUGAGUCUACCAUUCCUGGGCAAUUUGUAUGCCUAUGUCCACCCUUUUAUACUGGAAAAUUUUGCCAUCAACACUAUAACCCUUGUGAUCCACUCAGUGACCCUUGCAGAAACAACUCAACAUGUUUGACUUUGGUAGAUGGAACUCAUUCCUGUGUGUGUAGAGAAGGAUUUGAGGGUGAACAUUGUGAAAUUAAUGUGGAUGAGUGCUUCUCCCUUCCCUGUCAGAAUUAUGGUGACUGUGAAGAUGGGGUCAACAAUUUCAGAUGUGUUUGCAGACCUGGGUUUUCUGGAACUCUAUGUGAACUUGAAACCAAUGAGUGUUCUUCUAGACCUUGCAAAAAUAAUGGGACCUGUGUGGAUCUGGCAAACAGACCUGUGUGUAAUUGUAAGCCAAGGUACCAUGGACCUUUGUGUGAAUUGGAUAUGAGCAAAUGCAAAAUCUCACUUUGUCUGGAUAGAGAAGAUUGUGUCAGCAGAACUGGUGGAUAUAGGUGCCUCUGUGCUCCUGGUUAUACAGGCAUUGAUUGUGAAGUAAAUAUAGAUGAAUGUCUAUCAGAUCCCUGUCUCCAUGAUGGAACUUGUAUUGGUGGCAUCAAUCAUGCUUGUGACUGCAAGAGUGGAUUUUUUGGAACAUGCUGUGAAAAAAAUGCAAAUGAUUGCCUCUCAAAUCCUUGUCUAUAUGGAAGAUGUAUAGAUCUCGUUAGCGAGUAUCAAUGUUCAUUUGUUGCAGAAUGGACUAGCUCAAGAUGUGAGAUCAAGAUUAAUAACUGUACAUCAAUUCCUUGCAUAAAAGAAGACUCCUGUGAGAAAUCAGUCCGUGACUUUACUUGGAUUUGCCCAGGUGGAUACACUGGUGCAUAUUGUGAAAUAAAUAUUGACAGUCAUGCUGAGCCUGAACUGAAUUUGGUCCUCUGGCUUAAUGGAUGGAUUUGCGUUGAUGGAUCUGGACACAGGUUUUACUGCAGAUGUCUUCCUGGAUUUUCUGGGAAAUUUUGUAAAAUUAAUAUAAAUGAAUGUUCUUCAUCACUAUGUCUAAAGGGUGCAAAGUGUGAAGAUCACAUCAAUGGAUGUAUUUGCAAAUGUCAACAAGGAAAGUCAGGACAUCACUAUGAGGAUGGACUUGAAGAGUGCAUUUCCAACUUAUGUGUUCAUGGAAUAUGCGCAGAAAAUGAACCUGGCCUUGGCUCAACAUGUUUACGCAUAUCUGGAUUUGUGACCUGCUCCACUGGGCUCUUUUGUGGUGAUGGAAUAGGGAGCAUUACCCAUUUACCUCCCAUCUCUCAAAGAACUGAUGGCAUUUCUACACAAACAUAUACAGUACCUGCUUCUGACACUUCAGCCAGUGGCUUUCCAUCAGCAAGGGCUACAGGACUAUGGACCAUAAUGGCUACUUAUGCAGUUGACCCAGGUCCCAAACAGACAGAUAUUAUCAAGGAUGGUGUUCUCCUAACCACUGGUUUGGCAGCAUUAAGUAUUGGCAUAUCUUUUGAAAGCUAUAUACUCAAAGAACUGAUUUCCACUAGAGAGCUCUCAGCCAAAUACAGUCUUCAUUCUUCCACAGAUGUUUCCUCUUCUCAGUUUCUGAAUUUUGGUGUUCAUGACCCAGCACAAUUUGUCUGGGGCAAAACAUCCAUAUCAUAUAUGCCUAUCCAAACUUCAGUAGCCAUACCAGGAUUCCUUUUCCCCAGUAGGAGAGAGAGGACCUCAUUUAUCAUCUCUUCUUUCAUGACAGAUUCUGUUUUUCCUACAGAAUCUUUAUUAUUUGAGAACAAUCAGACUAUUGCCUUAUCUACUACCACAAUGAGUUCAGUAAUUACUGGCAUUCCAGCUGAUAUUAAGUUAAACAGGCACUCAUUACUCUCCCAUGGAUUCCUGCUCACAACUGCUUCUACAAGUGCACCUCCAAUUGUCUCUAGGGGGGCUCAAGAGGAUAUUGAAGGAUAUUCAGCUGUUUCCUUAAUUUCAAGAAGAGAGUAUUGGAGAUUGCUAAGCUCCUCAAUGUCUCCCAUUUCUCCUGCUAAGAUAAUUAUAUCUAAACAGGUAGCCAUCUUAAACUCAUCAACUCUGCCAUUCACUACACAAGCUUCCUUUCCCAGUGAAUACCAGGUUAUUAUGGAAGCAUCUAGCAACCAGAGACUCACAAACAUCAAAUCACAGGCUGCUGAUUCUUUAAGUGAAUUAAGCCAAACAUGCGCAACAUGUUCUAUGACUGAAAUAAAAUCCUCUCAUGAAUUCUCAGAUCAAGUUUUGCAUAGCAAACAGUCCCACUUUUAUGAGACAUUCUGGAUGAACUCAGUGAUAUUAGCCAGCUGGUAUGCACUAAUGGGAAUUCAAACUAUCACUUCUGGGCAUUCAUUUUCCUCUGCUACUGAAAUAAUGCCAUCAGCAGCGUUCACAGAGCUGUCAUCUUUAUUCCCUUCUAAAAAGAGUACAGAAAAAAGGAUUUUAUCCUCAUCCUUGGAAGAAUCUAUUACCCUAUCAAGUAAUUUGGAUGUUAAUUUAUGUUUGGAUAAGACUUAUUUAUCCAUUGUCCCAUCACAAACUGCCUCUUCAUACCUGAUGAAUACUGAUUUGACUUCAAAACUGGCUACUGAUGAUCCUUCUCUGUCAGAAAAUGUUUUAAAACUAUUGACAAUAGGACAAUAUGGUGUAACUGUGGGCCCCACUGAGAUACUGAAUCAAGACAAUUUAUUGGAUGUGCAAGAGAUUAAAGGAUCUCAUCAACAGUCCAAACUUCUCACACAUGAUAGCUCUCUAGAUUUUGAAUUAAAUUUAGAAAAUCAUCCAGAAACUGUACAUUCAAGUGACCUCAAAAACAUCCUGCUUCCUUACAUGAACUCAGUGUCUGAUUUUUCAGAAGUAACCUCUAAUGUUCAAUUUUAUGCAGUUUCAGCAAGUCAGUCACUUCCAAUACAGACCUCUUUCCCUAUGUCUGUACUUACGCCAGACUGGACAUAUUAUACAGAUUAUCUGACCUUCACAUCUGAUUUAAAAGAAGGGCUCAGAACUUCUUCAGAGUGGUCCAAAUGGGAACUUCAGCCUAGUGUACAUGGCUGGGAACCUCUUGAUGCAAGCCAGAGGCUUCCUGUCACUAGAUCUCUUACUUUGUCUUCCCCGGAGUUGAUUCCUCUUCAGCUGAUGAUUUCUAGUUUCAGUUGUGCUUGUUAUUAUGGAGAUUCCUAUCUAGAAUUUCAGAAUGUGUUGUUAAAUCCACAGAACAACAUGUCAGUAGAAUUUCAGACCUUCAACUCCUAUGGACUCCUGCUCUAUCUCAAACAAGACUCAGAUUCAGUAGAUGGAUUUUUUAUUCAAUUAUGUAUUGAAAAUGGUACUUUAAAGUACUACUUUUUCUGUGCUGGUGAAGCAAAAUUGAGAAGCAUUAACAGUACUAUUAAAGUAGAUGAUGGACAGAAGUAUACACUUCUCAUCAGGCAAGAAUUUGAUCCAUGUAGAGCUGAAUUGACUAUUCUAGGGAGGACUAUAAAGGCAAGUGAAUCUGUCAAUCACGUAUCUGGAAAACCCUUGCCAGAAUCAGGAUCUCUCUUUAUUGGUGGAUUUCCGUAUCUUCAUGGUGCAAAUCAGCAACCUCUCCCUCCCAGAAAUUUUACUGGCUGCAUAGAAGUUAUAGAAAUCAAUAACUGGAAAUUUUUUAUCCCAUCCAAGGCAGUGAGAAAAAUUCGUGUGGACAAUUGCAGCUACCAGCUAAACAAUGCAGGUUUAUUAUUUCCAUCUUUCAACGGGAAUUCCUAUAUAGAACUGCCUUUUUUUACAACCCUGGAUGAGUUGAAAUUUGUGCCAGAGAAGGAACGUAACAGAACUGUUACCAUCUACUUGACUAUAAAAACAAGCACUUUGAAUGGAACUAUUCUCUACAGUAAUGAGAAGAAUAUUGGGCAACACUUUCUUCAUUUAUUUCUCGUGGAAGGAAGGCCCACAGUUAAAUAUGGAUGUGGAAGUUCUCAAAAUAUCUUGACUCUUUCUGCUAGUUAUAGAAUUAACACAAAUGUCUUCAUCCCUAUCACAGUACGCUACACAAUCCCUGUUGGCAGCCCUCAGGUUGCUUGCAUGAUUGAAAUGACUGCAGAUGGAAAAGCUCCAAUACAGAAGCAAGACACAGAGAUACCCCAUGUCUCUCAGGUACAUUUUGAAUCAAUGUUUCUUGGCCAUAUCCCAGCAAAUAUUAAGAUCCAUAAGAAAGCAGGUCACAUUUAUGGCUUCAAAGGCUGCAUUCAAGAGCUUCAAGUAAACAACAAAGAAUUCUUCAUCAUUGAUAACGCACUGCAUGGAAAGAACAUUGAGAACUGCCAUGUCCCAUGGUGUGCUCAUCAUCUAUGCCACAACAAUGGCACCUGCAUCAGUGAUCAUGGAAACUGGUUUUGUGAGUGUCCGAGGCUAUACGCAGGCAAGAUGUGCCAGUUUGCUACCUGUGAAAACAGCCCGUGUGGGGACGGUGCCACCUGUGUUCCUAAAUCCAAGACAGAUGUCGACUGCCUCUGCCCAUAUGGGAGGUCUGGACUCCUCUGCACGGACGCUGCUGAUAUUUCUUGGCCCAGGUUCAGGGGCACAGGCGCCUUUGGAUACACGUCAUUUCUGGCUUAUUCACGGAUCCCAGACAUCGGCUUCAGUUAUGAAUUCCACUUGAAGUUUCAGCUGGCAAAUAAUCACUCAGCACUGCAAAAUAACUUAAUAUUUUUCACUGGACAGAAGGGCCAUGGAUUGAACGGUGACGAUUUCCUGGCCGUGGGUCUGCACAACGGCAGUGUGGUUUACACUUACAACUUGGGAUCGGGCACAGCCAGUAUCAGCAGUGAUCCCCUUGAUCUGAGCCUCGCCAUCCACACCGUCCGUCUGGGGAGGUUCUUCCAGAUGGGCUGGCUGAAGGUAGAUGAUCAUAAAAAUAAAUCCGUCAUCUCCCCGGGAAGACUGGUUGGUCUCAAUGUCAUCAGUCAGUUUUAUGUAGGUGGCUACAGUGAAUACACACCAGAUCUCUUACCCAGUGGAGCCAAUUUUAAAAACGGCUUUCAAGGUUGCAUUUUUACUGUGCAAGUUCGCACUGACAAGGGCCGUUUCAGAGGCCUGGGAGACCCUGAGGGCCACCCGACUGCCGGGCGCAGCGUUGACCAGUGCGAUGCUUCUCCCUGCAGUUUAAUGAAAUGUGCCAACGGUGGGACAUGCAUAGAGGGUAGAUCUGCUGCUUACUGUGAUUGUCCCCCUGGGUGGAAAGGAGAAUUCUGCACAGAGACCAUUUCCACCUGUGACCCUGAACAUGACCCUCCACACAACUGUAGCAAAGGGGCAACUUGUGUUUCACUGCCCCAUGGAUACACCUGUUACUGUCCUCUGGGAACCACUGGAAUCUACUGUGACCAAGUUUUUUCUAUCAGUGAUCCAUCUUUCAGAAGCCAUGAAUUAUCCUGGAUGUCUUUUGCUUCCUUCCGUAUUCGAAAAAAGACACAUAUUCAGUUGCAGUUUCAGCCUCUUUCUGCAGAUGGCAUCUUAUUUUAUGUUGCACAACACUUAAAAGCACAAUCAGGUGAUUUUUUAUGUAUCUCCUUAGUAAAUGGUUCUGUUCAAUUUCGCUACAACCUUGGUGACGGAACUAUCAUUCUAGAAACUCUCCAAAAAGUAAUGAUGGAUGGAAGUACUUGGCAUGUGAUUAAAGCAGGAAGAGUUGGUGCGGAAGGCUACCUGGAUCUGGAUGGGAUAAAUGUAACGGAAAAAGCCAACGCUAAAAUGAGCUCCCUGGACACACAUACUGACUUCUAUAUUGGGGGAGUGUCAUCCUUGAAUCUUGUAAAUCCUAUGUCCAUAGCAAGUGAACCUAUAGGUUAUGGUUGCGUCCGAGAAGUUAUUAUAAAUAAUCAAGUAUUACAACUAACUGAAUUAGGAGCAAAACGAGGUUCAAAUGUAGGUGACUGUGAUGGGACACCCUGUGGGUACAAUGUGUGCAGAAAUAGGGGUGAAUGUGUAGUAAAUGGCACAACUUUUUCUUGCAGAUGUUUGCCACAUUGGGCUGGAAAUACAUGUGACCGGUCUGUGUAUUGUUUGAAUCAUCUUUGUCUUCACCAAUCUCUAUGUAUACCUGAAGAGUCAUAUUCUUACACUUGUUUGUGUGCUUUGGGUUGGGUGGGAAAGUAUUGUGAAAACAAAACUUCAUUUUCAACUGCAAAAUUUAUGGGUAAUUCUUACAUUAAAUACAUUGAUCCAGAUUACAGAAGGAGAAACCUUCAGUUCACUACUAUAUCUUUAAAUUUCAGUACUGCUGAAACAGAAGGCUUAAUUGUAUGGAUAGGAAAAGCUCAAAAUGAAGAAAAUGAUUUUCUGGCAAUUGGUCUCCAUAAUCAGUCCUUGAAAAUAGCAGUUAACUUAGGAGAAAGCAUUUCUGUGCCUAUGACCUAUAACAAUGGCACAUUCUUUCGUAAUAAAUGGUACCAUGUAAGAGUAAUUCAAAAUCAGACUCUUAUUAAGGCCUACCUGGAUGACAAUCUAGUCAUCUCUGAGGAUAUUGACCCCCACAAAAAAUUUGUUGCUCUAAACUAUGAUGGCAUUAGUUAUCUAGGGGGCUUUGAAUAUGGCCAAAAGGUAAAUGAAGUGACUCGAGAGAUUUUUAAAAGAGCUUUUGUAGGCAAAAUUAAAGAUGUAUUUUUUCAGGACUCAAAAAAAAUUGAGCUAAUUAAAUCAGAGGGAUACAAUGUCUUUAAUGGAGAUGAACAAAAUUAAUUAUAUAAACUAC